UGUUAGUAUGUAUCUGUUAUCUUUCGGCGUCUAUCUUCAGGAUCUAUUUUUUUGGCAGUGCUGGCGACACGUUUCAGCGCUAGUCUGCAUUCAUUCCUUCUUGCCACACGGCACGACUAAGACUGCUUGGUGUGACGACGGAUCGGCGGUACAGUAUGGACGUAGGAAGGGGGUCUGAUAAUCUUUCGGAGGAAGACAGGGACAAUUACGGGGGCGAAAUGGACUUUCUAAUGGAUGAGGUGAGCGAGUAUGAUCCUCCUGAGAUCACACUCUCUGCCCUCGCUGAGACUGGUCGGGACGAACCGAACAUUCCUGUGUUGAGGCAACGGUCAUACACUGGUACAAGGGUCAUACCGUCUGCUCUGGCUGACACUCCCUGUGCCAAUCUUGGUGUACACGGAGUUUUCGAGAAGCUGAACACAACACUUGGCACUUUUUACAUUCUAUCCCCCCUGAUGUCCUCAGUUCUCGAAUCCUACAUCAGACGAAACUCUGAUUUCGGCACCGUCUACGCUCAUUUGCGCUCCUACUGGUUUGACUUCGCCACCAUCGAACAGAGAAGAUGCAAGGACGAGGAGAAUGACCGGGAAAUGCGGAGAAAGGCGAUCGUCCAUAACAGGAUCACCAAGCGCGACAUGCCCCCUCGACGCGUCUGGGAUCUGUACGCUAAUCGGGUAGUCCCAUACUGGGUAACACCGCUCACAGACUGGUGUGCGAUAUCGCAUGCAUGGGUGUCUGAGGAGGAGCGUAUGGAUGUGAUGACGCCCAUCAACGGAUACGAGUGGCCCGUCCCCAUGCCAAACGAUGCGAACCUUGAUCUCAUCCGCAUCGAGAUGUUGAACCUCGGAGCAGGGUAUGUGUGGUUAGACGUUCUGUGUUUGCGGCAGGAGUAUGCGAUUAGGGAGGAGGAUCAGCUCAAGGAGGCUCUCCGCAAGGAGGAAUGGAAAUUGGACGUCCCCACGAUCGGAUACGUGUAUGACACCACGCAGACAGUGGUAUGCUACUUGAGCGGACUGGGUCGGCCGCUGAGUUUCAAACCGGGUGACUUCGAAAGUGACCGAUGUUGGUUCAAUCGAGCGUGGACGCUCCAGGAGAUCCCAAAAGGCUACCAUCUAGUUAUUGGUGGGGAGACGGGCGAUGACAAGUUCAUCAAUGAGGAAAUGCUAAUGAGGGUCCAUGGACAACUUGAAUUGUUUUACAGGAUGCGUUGUAUGGUCUCGACGUUGUGCUUCCUAGUGCAGAUGCGGAAGCGGGUGUCAACGAAGCCGCUAGACAAAGUCGCAGGUUUGGUAUAUGUUUUCAACACGGAGUCCAUCCCGAUAUACAACGGUGCUCAGUCGGAAGAGGAUGCCUGGACUGCCCUCGUGGACGUCAUGGCGCCUCCGCUACGGGCAGAUUUGUUCUUCUACUACCCAGAGCCUGGGAAUGGGAAUGUGUUUUGGCGACCAUCAUGGGAGCAGGUGAUGGCUCGCACGCUUCCGUGGAAUGAAGGGUUGCAUGAUAUUGGGGAUGUUGGUCGGACAGAAUCAGACUGGUAUGAGGGAGUGUUUAUUGAUUCGAUCUAUAUAUGUGGAUUGGCUGACCCGUCUAAGAGCCCUCGGGAGGGGAAGUUGAUUAAGGAUUGCACGAGAGGAUUCUGUGCUUGCACGAUCGUCGCUGAGCACGCGUACCCGAUACCAAACGGCCGGUAUACGCUCAUAGGCCCCAGUCGAUCUCGCACUGGAUCGGGUGUUAUCUGGGUAGUCGGGCGGCUAAGGCAGACUGAUGGGAAGUUUGAGAAAGUAUCAGUGAUCGGUCUGGCGGGUGGUGAAGACGCGGAGAAGUUGCGGGAACUCCAUGUUGAAAGAUGUGUUAAAACAGACCUCUGUUGAUUUCAUCGUGUUGUGGAAGGUCCCCCAGAAAACUGCAUUAGGUGCAGUACAUCUAUACUAUCUAGUUGUUUGACCGUGACACCCACUCUUUGUAUCCAAGAACCGUUUCAGUGUUACGUGAUCUCAUAGUAUUUGAAUCCUAUGCUGACCAGUGUCUACG